AAUAAACAACAGUAGUUAGUUGUUAAUUAACUUAUCGAUCAUUGGACUGUUUUCGAGGGUGACGAUGAUGGCUAAUGCGGCAAUGAGAUUUAAGAGGCUCGGGGGUAACAGAGAUGAUAUGGAGAUGAAGAAUGUUGGUGUGGGGAUGUCCCGAAAGGUCAUUUCGCAGUUUACGUGGGUCCCCACCGGCGUCGAGAGUAGAAAGUCACCAAUCAAAGCAGCAGCAGCAGCCGCCGCAGGACCGGGAAGAAGAAGAGCGAUCCGCUCAGAGGCAAAGAGCACAAUGGCUCCCCCGGAGGAUCAACCGGAACGAGUCAACAAUGAAUCCUCGUCGGUCUACGCCUCCUCUCCGGUCGAUAACCGUCCAAUCUCCACCAUCGUCUUCGUCAUCGCUAUGCAAACGGAGGCGCAACCUCUCGUCACUAAGUUCCAGCUAGCAGAGGAUGUUGAUCCGCCUUUCCCAAAGGGAGUGCCUUGGGUGAGGUAUUAUGGUAACUAUAAGGAUCUGAACAUUAAUAUUGUCUGCCCUGGAAAAGACUCAGCUUUGGGGGUUGACUGCGUAGGGACUGUUUCUGCAUCUCUUAUAACAUAUGCUUCCAUCCAAGCAUUAAAACCUGACCUCAUCAUAAAUGCUGGAACCGCGGGUGGGUUUAAGGCAAAAGGUGCUUCCAUAGGAGAUGUAUUUCUUGUCUCACAUGCUGCUUUCCAUGAUAGAAGAAUACCUAUCCCGGUAUUUGAUUUAUAUGGAGUUGGCUUGCGGCAGGCUUGCCCCACUCCUAAUCUCCUGAAAGAACUUAACAUGAAGGUUGGGAAACUGUCUACUGGUGAUUCCCUGGAUAUGUCACCAACUGAUGAAACCUCUAUAACUGCUAAUGAAGCAACUCUUAAAGACAUGGAGGGAGCAGCAGUCGCAUAUGUAUCAGAUCUUUUGAAGGUGCCUGCAAUUCUGUUGAAAGCUGUGACUGAUAUAGUGGACGGUGAUAAACCAACAGCUGAGGAGUUUUUGCAAAAUUUGUUAGCAGUAACUGCUGCACUUGAUGAAGCUGCCACAAGAGUUGUUGAUUUCAUUAGUGGCAAAUCUCUCUCGGAUCUUUGAUUUGGUCCAAGCUCGUUGAGUUCUUCAUCUGAUUUAUUCGAAUUUCUUGUGCUUCCCACAUGCUGUUACUGAACUUACUAAUAAAAUUUGAUUAAACCAACGGUGUGUAGAUAGAUUACAUGAUGUACUUUUUCUUCUGUUUUUCUUUUGGUGAUUUGGAACAUCUUCCCUACCACCUAGUACGGUUAAAGUCUCUGUAAACACUUAACAUACCCUCCUUGAACCCUACUUUUUGUUGGAUUUUACCAAGUUUAUUGUAGUUGCUCUUUUCUAAAGGGGUGAUAAAUGCUUUAAAAGAGA